UGGAAGCGGCCUGUGUGGAUGUUUAUAAUGGAACCGAUCCUGGGGGUGGAGGGGGGAAUGGAAUCUCAGUCCGAAGCAAAGUUCACCGGUGUUUGCGCUGCACGAGACUCGCUUUGUUGAUGAGACCCUCGGCUGUCAAAACCCCCUGCACGGUUUUCUUGUGCUGCUCAUAACGCUCGUGAAAUGAUUCGCUCUCAAACAAUGCAGUUUGGGGGGCGGUGGGUGGCGCCGAUGGGGUUGUGUAAGGAACGUUUUACUAAAUAAUUGAAAGUGCAGCGAGACGAAUACAUCAAAGCGAUGCAUUGUCUGCUUUUUUUUAAUUUGCUCUAAAUGACCUCGUCGCAUCUGGAUGGACCAGGUGAGACAAAUCCCAAAGCGGAGUUCCAUGUUCCACACGAUCCAUGCCGGUGAGUCGGGGCAGCUCACUCUCACACCUUCCCCCUUUACCUGCUUAGCGAGUGCAGACCCCAUCCACCCACCACCACUCUCACCAUCACUCUCACCAUCACUGCCUGCAUCAACACCGCAACCACAGCCUCCUCCUCCUCCUGCGCCGGGGACCGCGGCUCCACCGUCUACAUCAGAGGAGACCUUCCACCAACCAUCUCGACCCAAACGACUUCGCCAUCUGUCGUCAAUUAACGCGCGUGGCGUUCUGAGUUGAGACCAUGACCCACAAUGGCACCCUCCUCCUCCUGCUGCUGCUGCUGCGUCUCUGCGUCUCCUCAUCCUUCUCUCCACCCAAGACCACCGCCAACACAUCGCCUCCGCGGUGCCGCUCGUGCAAGCCCACUGCCUGGAACGCCACAGACCCCGGCUCCUGCUGCCUCAACGCCUCUGGCCCCGGCUGCGCACGCUCCCUCGAGCAACUGAGGGCGACCUUCAACUUCACGUCGCUCCAAGUCCUCGACCUCUCCCGCUGCGGUCCGCGCAGCGUGGACAUCCCCGCAGUGCCGGCCCUGCGCACCGUCUACCUCGUCGGGAACGCCUUGACCAAGUUGCCCGAGCCGUUCCUCGGCGAGGCUCGCGACCUCGCCGAGGUCUACCUGGGCGAGAACAUGUUGACGCACCUGCCGCGGUCCAUCACCCACAGGGGGCUGACCACUCUGGACGCGAGGGCCAACCCCAUCGAGUGCGACUGCGACUUGUACGAGGCGGUGAAGAGGACGGCAGACGUGCAUUAUUCGUCGUCGUCGUCGUCGUUAGCGCCACAGAUCCUCAUCGACUGCGCGAUUCCGGAGAGUUUGUCGGGACAGUCCCUGACCAACGUGUCACGCGAACACAUCUGCAAGGAGUCACACACGGCGGUGUACGCGUGCGUAGGGACCGUCGCCGUGGCUCUGAUAAUCGCUGCGCUCUACCUGGGAUGCAAGCGCCACCUCGACCCCGUCGUCUCCUCCUGCUCCUCCUCCUGUCGCCGCUGCUGCUGCCCCGGCCACAAGUCGGGCCUCAGCUCUCGAAUCCGCGCCUCCGAUGCCGAGCACGACAGCUACAUUUACAGGCCGAGCCCUCGGCGAGAGAGAGAAUUCGGCGGAGGAGGUGACCGGGCGAAUGCCGGCACCUCUGACCCGAGCCCCUACGAGAAUUGGCCCCUCGCAAAGGCGUCGUCCUCGUCGGCCUCGUUGUCUGCAGAAGCAUCGGCGGCAACGCCAGGCACGGGUGGAUCGCGGUCAGAGCUCUCGGCCGCGGUGUCGGCGGGGUUCGAUCGGCGCGCCGGGUUGCUGCUGCAGAUGGGCACGGGACGCCCCGAGUCUGAGUAUCAGAACCUCCCCACGCCGAACAGAUCCAAGGAGCAUGCGAUGGCGGAGGAGGAGGAGGAGGAGACGGACGUGCACGUGGAAGGUGAAGAUGAGCAGGGGGGAGGAGGGGGAGGUGUCCAUAUACGUGAAUCUACCCGCGCCCGAUCAUUACUACAGCCUCGUGCCACCCGUGCACGUGUUGGAUGAUGAUGGCGGCGGUGGUGUUGGUGGUGGCGGUGGUGUUGGUGGUGGCGGUGGUGUUGGUGGUGGCGGCGUUGUUGGUGGUGUAGGCAGUGCCGGCGAGCAGGAGGUGAGGAGACAGGGAAAGUUGAGGAAGCCGUGAUGUGAGAGCCAAGGACGUCGGUCGCUUCUCCAGAUGAAUUGAAGAUCGGCGGUGAUUGGUGAUGGAGAGAUUGUUGGGGUGCGUGGCGGUGGCGCUGCUGGUGGUGAUGGUGUUGGUGGACGUUUUAAAAAAAAAAACAUGACCAGGAUGGUGCGGUUUUUUUUCGUUUGGAUCGAUUCAUUUUUUUAUUGUUAAACUUGUUUACCCAGGAAAGUUUGACCUAGCCUCGUGGCAUUUACUCUGUUUUCAGGAGGGUUCUGAUCGCUCCCGCGUGGAUAAUCGAAUGAACUUUAAAAAAAAUCAAACUUAGCAAAUUUGUCACCGUGACACCGGCACGCAAUGGCCAACUCUUGCCAGUGACGCCACGGGAUCUUCAAACGACCACUGUGCUGCAGACGGCCGCGUAUGUUGACGGUCAAUACACCCGGCGUAUUAAUCGGGGCCGCCGUUUUUAUUUGAACCGCGAAGACUCUUCAACAACGAGCCGCGAACGCGCUCCCGCUGGGCCGUGUCACUGCCCACCGAUGGUUCUGAAAGGUUGUCGUCAUCAUCAGCGUCAUUAGCAAUAGCAGCGUCGUCAUAAUCAGCAGCGUCGUCAUAAUCAGCAUCAGCUUACAAUCAUCACCACCACCGUCAAUGAUCAUUCGCAUUAUCGGCAAGAGCAGCAGAAAUCGCCGCCACUAUCGACGAAUCAUCAACACGAGGGUAUUAAAGCCACCUCACAUCCAGUUCCGGAUUAUUCUAGUAGCAAAAGUAGCUACAUAUGCUACGGGCCCGCACUUUCAAGGGCCCUGCGCUCAAUGAUUUCAAGCUAUCAAUUCCGGUUCAGUGAAUCUGCACUUGCUCUAUUACUAU